AUGGUACGUCGGGUCUUCUUCGAACGCCGCCGCGGCUGCUUCGCACUGCGCGAGGAUGUUGUCGGCUUGCGCGAGCACCGAGGCCGCGCUGCUGCCGUCGUGGCCGGCCAUCGGGUUGGUGAGCGCCUCGCGGGCCUCGUAGAUCGACUUGAGUCGUGUGCACGUGGUCGCAUAGUCGGUCGCGAGCUUCGUGCGCGGCGCUUCGAGCGCGAUAAGCGCGUCCCACGCGUCGUACUUGCUGUGGUCGGUCGAGACCGGCUGCAUCUCGAGGAGCAGAACGCCGAGUUCGACGAGCUCGCCGUUCGGAAGCACCGAGAGCCAGCUGCGCGGUUCGACGCCAGACGUCAGGAACGUCCGCACGUUGUAGACGCCUUCGCCCGUCCAGAGUUCGUGGAGGCCUUGGCCGAGCAUGCGCGCUUGGUGCUCCGACUUGCGGCGACGGCCCCAGAGCGUCAAGGCCGUGCGCAGGAUCGUCUGAAACUGGUGCCGCUGAAGCCCGCGCUUGUGGUACCGCGGGUGGCAAAAGUACGCGAGGAGUCCAAGGCCGUCGCCAAUCUGGUUGAUCUCGGACCACGCAUUGUUGAGGAACGGCGUCAUUUGGCCAAACACUUUGGUCGAGAGCUUGCGCUGGUUCAUCGUCGUCGCGUUGGUGCAGAGGCUGAGGAGCACUGCGUUGAUGCUGGCGUAGCCUGCAUAGACAUCGGCAAGCGUCACGUCGUGCGUCUCAAAGAGGUCCAUGAGCGUCUUGAUCGGGCGCAGCACCUGGACGAGGCUCGCGAGGUUGCUCCAAAAGUCGGCGUGGUUGACAAAGGCGACCAAGGUCGGCGACGGCGCGUACGAGGUGCCGGCGCGGAAGGCUUUGAUGAGCGUGUUUUGAUGCCGGUUUCGUUGACGUGCAGUGACGCCAGCGACAAGAUGCAGUCGCUCCAGCUCUCGGCGCUGAGCGGCACGAGGCGGCAGCGCGGCACGUUCAUCUGCAGCGCGCUUUCGUUUAAGAGGUGCAUGGCUUCGUGCGACGACUCGAAAUACGCCAGCAGCGGGCCCGCGACCUGGAAGACGUUGGUGAGGUCCGGGAUCUUGAGCCACUCGUGCACGAGGUUGCUCGUGAUCUGCGCCAUGCAGCGCAGUGGCACGAUCCACGGGUAG